GGGGCGGAGGGAAGUGGGUCGGUUGGUCGGCCGGGAACGAGGCUGCGGCGGCCAGGCCCGCGCGGAACUGUUGCCAUGGCAGCCGCCGCCGGGGGCGCGGACAACGAGCCGCGCUCGGGCCACUCAAGCUCAGAUGGCGAGUGCGCGGUGGCGCCGGAGCCUUUGACGGGCCCCGAGGGCCUCUUCUCCUUCGCCGACUUCGGGUCUGCGCUUGGCGGCUGCGCGGGCCUCCCGGGUCGGGCAUCGGGCGGGGCCCAGUCCCCGCUGCGCUACCUCCACGUCCUGUGGCAGCAGGACUCGGAGCCCCGCGAUGAGCUGCUCUGUAAGAUCCCCUGCAGACUGAGGCGCGCCGCCAGGCCCCAUCGCCGGUUCGGGCCCCUGGGCAAGGAGGUGCACGCUCUGAAGAGGCUGAGGGACUCGGCCAAUGCCAAUGACGUGGAAACAGUGCAGCAGCUGCUGGAAGAUGGCGCGGACCCCUGUGCAGCGGAUGACAAGGGCCGCACGGCUCUGCACUUCGCCUCCUGCAAUGGCAAUGACCAGAUUGUGCAGCUGCUCCUGGACCACGGAGCCGAUCCUAACCAGCGAGAUGGGCUGGGGAACACGCCGCUGCACCUGGCGGCCUGCACCAACCACGUCCCUGUCAUCACCACGCUGCUGCGAGGAGGGGCCCGCGUGGAUGCCCUGGACCGAGCUGGCCGCACGCCCCUGCACCUGGCCAAGUCGAAGCUGAACAUCCUGCAGGAAGGCCACUCCCAGUGCCUGGAGGCUGUGCGGCUGGAGGUGAAGCAGAUCAUCCAGAUGCUGAGGGAGUACCUGGAGCGCCUGGGGCGGCACGAGCAGCGGGACCGGCUGGAUGACCUGUGCACCCGACUCCAGAUGACAAGCACCAGGGAGCAGGUGGAUGAGGUGACCGACCUCCUGGCCAGUUUCACCUCCCUGAGCUUGCAGAUGCAGGACAUGGAGAAGAGGUAGCAACAGGGGCUCCCUGCCUUCACGGCCUGCCCCUGCCCACCCUGCCCAACUGCUCUCUCAUCACAAAGAAAGCCCGAUGCCAGGGACUUCGGAGCUGCGCUUGUCUGGGAGGCCCUCGGCCUCGCCCCCAGAUGCUGUGGGCCAGAGACUCUCUCUCACCCACCUCAGAGCCUCUCCCAGUUACGGCCUCUCUGGUCUCCAUGGGCUGGGACUGCAGCCCCCAGCCACUCCCUCUGACUCCUACGGCAGGGCAGCCACGCCUUGUCCCUGGCAACGUGCGCUGUCCUCCCAGGGCUCGCUCGUCCCGCAGUCUCCCUGGUACCCUCAGCAGGCCCAGGGCCCUUCUCUGGGUCCCUUCCCGGUCAUGGGCUGGUCGCAGCCAGCUGGGGGUGGGCUUAGGGCAGGCGUCCCCGGGCCUGGGGGUUACCCGGAUGGCCCUGUACCUCUCACCAGCACUUAGAUUUAGACUUGGCACCUGACUUCCAAGGAGGCAUCGCAGUGAAUCUCCCUGGUUGGAAGGGGUGGGCUGGUAAGGACUAGACCUUAGAAAUACCAGGUUAGGAAGGACCCUGCAGAAUCCUAAGCAGAACACGCCAACUCUUUCCUCCCAAUCAUUGAAGCACCAGGAGGGCAUAGCAGUUCUGCAGCCUAGUGGUAGUGGGGUGAACGGUGGGCCCCAGGACGGCCAUGUUCUAAUCCCAGGACUCUGUGAAUGUGACCUCGUUUGGCAAAAGGGACUUUGCACAUGUCAUAAGAUAAAGAUCUUUAGACAAGGCAAUGAUCCUGGAUUAUCCCGAUGGGUCUGAUGUAACAGAGACCUUUAUGAGAGGGAAGCAGAUCAGAGAGGAGGCAGGAGGUGCAGUGACAGGAGCAAGAAGCUGGAGUUAAUGUGAGGAAGGGGUCGCGACCCGUGGAAUGCAGACGGCCCCCGGAGCUAGACACCGUUCUCCCUCAGAACGUCCAGGCGGAGCCAGCCCUGCCGACACCGAGGUUAGCACAGUCAGGCUGAUUGUAGAAUCCUGACCAUCCGAACUGUAAGAAUAAACUGUUGUUU